AUCAAAAUGUUUUUGUUUUGAAAAAUAUUUACUUCCAUAAAAAUUUGCGUAAUCUGCAAAUCUAGUGAUUUUUAAACUAUUAAUUUAUUACGAAGAAAAUAACCAAGAAUGCCGGCUUCGUGUGUUGUUCCGGAUUGCAAAAUGAAAUACGCACAUAGUGAGGAUGUUUCCUAUCACAAAUUUCCCUUUCGAAAUACUGAACUGCUGGCUAAGUGGAUUGAAUUUACGGGUCGUGGUCCGGAUUGGAUUCCAACCAAGUGGACCUCAAUUUGUAGCCGUCAUUUCAGAUCGGAUGACUUCAAGGAUUGCAUCUACAGGAAAAAUUUAAAACCUUCUGCUGUGCCCUGCAUUGAAUACAAAAUAAUCAAACAAGCAGAAGAUCAGCAUGAAUCUUCUGCAUUAAAACACAAUCCCCAAUUUAUUCAAUCGGGUUUGGAGUCGUCUGAAACAGAAACGGAUCAUGAAGAGUUGUCUUGUCCGGACGAAUCACAGCUAUUGGACAUCACUUGUCGUUUGUGUGGAAUUGUUUUCAGCAAAUGGUGUCAAGGACUCCUUGUUGAAAUUCGGCAACAUGCUACUGAUAUUUGUAAGUGUUUGCCAUUUAUCAAUCUCGAGGUAACGCAAUUUCCGCAGAAAGUGUGCAGUCACUGUAUGAAAGUUAUUCAUGGAUUUUCGGCUUUUUAUGAUAAUGUGUCAAAGGCACAGCAAGAUUUAGAAGACAAAUACAUCAGAUCGUGUCAGGCUGAUACCAGGUACCAGGUAGAGACCGUUGAACCCGCUAAAAUAAGGAUCAAGCAAGAGCCUUUCAUCAAAAUAAAGGAAGAAACCGUAGACUCUGGAAUAAAAACAAAAGAAUUGAUUCCCGAACCGGUUGAUAGUUCCUUAAUUAUAAAGAAUCCCAGCGUCACAAAUGAUAAGAAUAAGAUUCUACUAUUCAAUAAUCAAAACAAUGAUAUUCAAGGUUCUAAACAAUACAAAGAUUCGAAAAGUUGUGAGAUCUUGGAAAUAGUAAACCUUUAUCCACCGAUUGUGGAUAUAACAAGUGCAACAAUCAGAGAAGUUCAACCGUACGAAAUAACACUGCCCUCAAUGGCUGGCACCAUGGUCACAUUUCAGCAAUCGAACCCACAAAUCGUAAAUUUGAAAACAGAAAAUACCGCCGAAGAGGAAGAGGAAGAAUACGAUGAAUGUUCCGGCUACUAUCCAGAUCAUGUGGCUGGCCUGGACAGUUUAGAAGAACAUAGCUACUCGAAAUCACCUAUACAGGCAACAGAUGACAACAAGGACGAAAUAUUUCCUAAUUCACAGCACUCAACAGAAUCGAUAAACCUGGGAGAAAAUGGUACAAUUCGUGUUAUACAUGUAGAAUUGCCGCCACAACAGCAUCUGAUCGAGCAGCCGUUAGUUUUGAAUUUCCCUUGCCAAACUUGUAACCAAAAGUUUUCGUCUCGGCUAAAACUCCUAAAGCACCGCGUUUUCAAAUGUCCUUACACAGCGCCCUUCGCUUCCAAAUGUGUUUAUUGCCAAAAAACUAUUCAUAGUCUUUCGCGAUCCAAAAUUCACAAAAUGGUGUGCUAUAAGAAAAUCUCUCAACGGAAAAUUCGAUUUACUAAUGCUAAGAAAGUUCUAUCUAAAUUGAAAAUAAGGAAACCAAAACCGGUAAAAACUUUAAAAUGCACAAUGUGCGAUCGUACCUAUUCCCGAAUGUCCAAUUUGAACAAGCACACUGCUAGUCAUCGACCUUUGGAACAAUGGAAUCAUAAAUGUGGCAUUUGUCUGAAAAUAUUCGACAAAUUGUUCGAUCUUAAACGGCACUUUCGGCUGUCAAAAUGUGCUGGUGGAAGCGUUGAUAACAUGGCGAUUCCUUCAGGUGAUGGAGGACGUUUGCUGUACGUUUGUACGAGCUGCAACAAACAGUACAAAACAUACAACGGGCUCAAGGUGCACGAAAAUGAGCACACUAGGUUGAAAGCAUUUGUUUGUGAAACCUGCGGAAAACGAUUUGGCGGCCAGUUGAAUUUAACACAGCACAUGUUAUGCCAUGUGGACGUAAAAAGUUUUUCCUGUAAACUUUGUCCCAAGGUUUUCAAACGGAACGGUGGUCUCACUCAGCAUAUUAAGGCAUUCCACAUGCAGAUAAAACCAUACCGGUGUACCGUUUGUGGGAGGGACUAUGCUCUCAAAGCGGACAUGACCAGAUGUAGGCAUUCGCGGCUGAAGGAUGUCAAUAGAGAUUGUCUUUGAUUGUUGAUAAAAGAUUGAAUUUUCACUAAACAAAA